AUGUCGACGGGACCUCAAGACCAUGCGCAGUCCCAUUCCGCUCUUCUUUCACAGCCACGCCACCGUUUUCCCUCAAGCGCGGAUAUCAGUCCGCAACCUAGCCAUCCGAUGAGUGUGCUCGCACAACAAGGAUCGUCCUCGACGCCGGUUACAGGUGGCACCAAUGGUCAGGUUGUGAACGUGGAGAGAGAGCAGAAGACAGGGCAGCAGCAACUUCCCUUUCAGAAGCGGAGUGUGGACUACGUAUCGCGAAGCGGCCUAGCAGGAGGAGUCGCCGGCUGUGCGGCCAAAACGGUGGUCGCACCGCUCGACCGCGUCAAGAUCCUCUUCCAGGCAUCCAACCCGAAAUUCGCAAAAUACACAGGCAGCUGGACCGGACUUCUCGCUGCAAUCAGUGACAUCAAGCGCUAUGAAGGGGCCAGAGGCUUAUACAAGGGACACUCCGCUACCCUUCUGCGUAUCUUCCCCUACGCGGCCAUCAAAUUCCUAGCCUACGAACAGAUCCGUGCCAUUGUUAUAAACUCCCCGGACAAAGAGACCUCAGUCCGUCGAUUGGUAUCCGGCAGUUUGGCCGGUAUUACCUCUGUAUUCUUCACAUACCCGCUCGAGCUUAUUCGCGUGCGUUUGGCAUUUGAAACAAAACGGUCGUCUCGGUCAUCCCUGACGGAUAUUUGUAAACAAAUCUACCGCGAACGCAUCACGCCCCCAUCAUCCGGCGCAGAAGCAGCACCGGCCGUCGCUGCCAGCACACAGCAGGCCUCUGCAGGAUUUACCACCGCCGAGAAUGUCUCGUCAACCGUGACCAACGUCGUCCCCCGCUCCGGCCUCGCAAACUUCUACCGUGGCUUUGCUCCCACCAUCCUCGGCAUGCUCCCCUACGCCGGCGUGUCGUUCCUGACCCACGACACGAUAGGCGAUUGGCUCCGCUACCCAUCUGUCUCCAAAUAUACCACGAUCCCCGAUGAGGAGAGUAAACCGAAGAAAGGCUCUCGACACCCCCAGCUUACCGCCGCAGCAGAGCUUUUCUCUGGAGCUAUCGCUGGUCUCGUGGCCCAGACUUUUUCUUACCCACUUGAAGUCGUCCGACGACGGAUGCAGGUCUCUGGCGCAGUCGGCGAUGGCCAUCGCCGCAGCAUCCUUGAAACGGGCCGCACGGUCUGGCUUGAGCGAGGAUUCCGUGGGUUCUGGGUUGGGCUGACGAUUGGGUACAUCAAGAUUGUACCGAUGUCUGCCACCGCUUUUUUCGUUUACGAGCGUAUGAAGUGGUCUUUGGGAAUUUAG